AUGCAAGCGGCAAACAGAUUACAGAAAGCACUCAAGAGAGGAGAUACCUCUUACGGCGCCUGGCAGAUGCUGUCCGGUACCAAUCUUACAAGAACAAUGUGUCGUGCUGCAAAUAAUAUCGACUGGCUACUUGUGGAUCUUGAACACGGCAAUAUUUCAGACGACGGGAUGCACGAAAUUGUCGCAGCGGCAGCUGCUUGCGGAGUGUCCCCCGUUGUGCGGGUUGUCGAGGGUCAGAGAUGGAUGAUCAAACGGGCUCUCGAUGCCGGCGCACAUGGCAUUCUUGCACCUAUGAUCAAAACAGUCGAAGAUGCAGAAAAUGUGGUACGCGCAUCUAAGUUUCCUCCUGAGGGCGAACGCGGACUUGAACCCUUGCUCGCAGUGGAGAAGUUUGUAGAACAACAUCCACAUGGCGGGCCAGUGAUACCUUUGAGGGGGUUUCAGUAUUUUGAGCAGGCAAAUUCCUCUUUAGUCAUUGCGGUACAGAUCGAAACUAAAGAGGCAUUGGAAAAUGUUGAAGCUAUUCUAGCUAUCACUGGUGUGGAUGUUGUCUUCAUUGGACCAUUCGACCUGUCUUUGAGCAUCGGAUGUCCGCUUGUUGACGUUAACAACCCCGAUGAAAGACUUGUACGAGCAAUGGAUAGUAUCAGGGAUGCCGCAAAAGCAGCAGGCAAAGCAGUUGGCAUCUAUCUGGACACUGGACUCCAAGGCAAGGAAUUUGCUUUGAAAGGCUAUGACAUGAUCAAUAUCCAGACUGACAUUGUGAGCCUGCGAAAGAUCUUUUCCCAAGAAUUCGCCGAGGUUAGGGUUAAUCAAGUAGAGACAUGAGCAUUAUUAGUUGAAGCUAGAAUAAAGGUUAUUGAGGGUAUGAUUGUGUAGAGAUUCCUGUCGCUCGUAUGUGAAGAAAAAUUAUAGUAAAGUCAU